AUGUCUAUAAAAUUAGAACAGCAGCUGCCAAGUGUAUCACACGAGACCGUUGUACCUCCUACAAAGAAAAAGAGCAAGGCUCUGAAGUCAUCUGAUGGUACUGUAAAUACAAGGACCAUCAAAGUGCCAGGUUCCAAAACUGAAAGAGUGGCUCAAGCUUGUGACAGAUGUCGAGCAAAGAAAACCAAAUGUGAUGGACAGAACCCAUGUUCAACAUGCCAAUCAGUAGGGUUGGAAUGCAUUGUUUCAGAUCGUCUUACUAGGAAAUCCUAUCCCAAGGCCUAUACUGAAACUCUUGAAGAAAGAGUACGCCAACUUGAGGCUGAAAACAAGAAAUUAGCUGGGUUAUUAGAUAUGAGAGAUGAACAACUCGAACUACUUAAUGGAUCUGGAUUAACUGAAGAGACGAGAGAAACGUCCGAGAAGAAAGAAGAUGACUUAAAAAAAGUGACAGCUUCAAAUUUGAGUCUUUUGGAAAUCCAAAAUAGUAUGCACCUGCAUCUGCCAAAUGAAAACGGUGAAAACUGUCCUUGCGGAUGUUCUAACCCACAUGCGGUUCACGAAAGGCCAGUUUCGAUAGCAGGUUCAAUUUACGGUUCUGCUGUCAAUGAAAGAGUUCCAAUAUCUAUAGCAGGAUCUAUAAAAUUAAGCGAUGAAGAAGAUGAUGAAGAUAAUGUCAGUUUGUUGAGUAUUGAAGAUUAUACUUCAAGACACCAAGAUCAGCAUUUUCAUUUUGCUUCAAACUCGACAAAUAGGGAACAAAGUCCAGCACCGGGUGCAUUUGCAGCAGCCACUGCCAUUGCACAAAUGCAGAAGAAUAAACUUUUUCUACAACAACAACAACAGCUAGAAAGCGAAAACAACAAACAACAAAUGCUUACGUCAUUAGUGGCCAUGUCGAUACCGAGAAGUACGGAAGAGACAUUAUGUGUUCCUACUUUACUUGCAAGAAUUUGUCAAACUUAUGGAUACGAUUCCAAGCAGGCAAUUCUAGCGGCUAACUCUUUGGCAUCGUUAAAGGAAAACAUUAUCUCCAAUACAGGAACGCUGUUAAAUGAGGAACGCAAAAAUGCUUUGAACAACAUGAUAAUGAACAGAUAUGAGACAACAAAAUUAUCAGAAGUAGAAGCCAUCGCGUUUAUCAAGGAUUUGAUUAAUUUACCAGCGUCCAGAUUAGAUAUGGAUCAGUUGAUUACUGUGUAUUUCCAAGAAUGGGGGAACGCUCUACCGAUAUUGGACAAGAAUGCGUUUUUGAAAAAUUAUAUGAAAUUGAACCAUAUAUUGGAGCAAGGCCAUUACAAAGAAUAUAAAGGUGAGUCUUCGUAUGAGCUGAUUGAGAAGUUUGGCGCCAUUCUCAUUCUUGUUCUAUGUUUGGCUUUCCAUAUCAGCAAGAAGAAUUAUUUAGAGUCAUUGAAUCCUGAAAUACAACUGAGGUUUGUCACAUUGUUACAGCAUUACGAUUAUUUAAUCCAUGAAUUCAUUAAACCAAACUGUUUGAUAACUCAAUAUUGUUCUAUUCAGUCUUUGCAAAUAUUAUCUUUGGCAUUGCAAUAUUGUUUGGUAACUGGGGAUACGGCCAGUUGUUAUGAACUUAGAGGAAGAGUGAUCAGCAUGGCCCAGCAGUUAAGAUUACAUAGGUGCCCUGCUGCGGUACUUGGGUUGAGUGGUAAUAAUGAGGGAGACAUUGAUCUUCAGAAUUUCAUGCAAGGGGAAAGACGUAUCCUAUUCUGGUGUAUCUAUUGCCUUGAUGUGUACUCAUCACUCAACUUGGGUAUUCCUAGAUUGUUCAAGGAUUAUGAAAUAGAGUGUGCAAUGCCAUUUUGUGGUAAAAGUGAUGACUAUGACGACAUCAAUCAGGAGGACAACGUUAAUAUCUUGAUUGUUAACAAUACCAAGUUAUCCAUUGUGGGAAAAGUAUCCAAAAUGGCUCUAAGUGUUAUGCUGUAUAGUAAGGUAUUGGCCAAUAUUUUGGAUUCUAUAUAUUCAAGAUUCGAUAAUACCAAUAUUCAUAAGAAGGCAUUACAAAGAGACAGGAUGCUCGAUUGUUGGAGACGAGAAUUGCCUCCGGACUUGAAAUUUGAAAUUGAUAUUAACGGAUUAUCUCUUAAAGAUUCCAACAACAAUUUUAUAGAAGGCAAUAUUUGGAGAAACUACAAUAAGCAACAGUUGACAUUGAUAUUUUUGUAUUAUCAUGCUAAAAUAUUGAUAUAUUUGCCGAUAUUGUCCCGGUUUGGAAAUCACCAUAACGUUGGAUUGUCGCAAAAAGAACAGCUCCAGAAAGGUGAAGGUGAUGUAGUUACCAUAGUGUCCAGCAUAAGUUUGAUUCAGCAAUCAUCUAUUCAAAUAUUGGAAGUUUUGAAGUAUUUGAGAUCAACCUCGUCAUCAAACAUUUUACCUAUUCCCAUCCAUAUUGUUCGUGAACAGUCUUUGUUAGCUUUGAUGGUAGCAAAAGGAGCUUUAGAUUAUAUAAAGGGAGGUCCUCUAUUCAAUAACCUGAAACAAUUAUUGCUCGAUACAAUGGGUAGCCUUUCCCGUGAUGCCAACUUUGAAAUCCCAGGGGCUUUGAAUAAGAAAUCGUUCAAACUACUUGAAAUAACAAUAUUAGGUAUCCUUGGUUUGAAUAUAAACAAGAAUAUGGCUUCAGGAGUUAGCAUGAAACGGAAGGGGUUGAGUGCACAACCUAUUACAAAGACUGCAGUUGAACGAUCACCAAUUGUUAAUUUAAAUAAUAAUUUUGCUUCACCGAAAAUGAAAACACCGACUAAUAGUGCAGAUAUGGUCAACAAUAAUCAAACGCAUAAACCAGAACCACAGAAUCAAGCUUUAUCACAGCAACAAAAACCACAAAGGCACAUAUCGCCUAGCGAAAUCACCAGUAAUGGGGAUUUCGAGUUUGACAGUUCGAAUAACUACGCUGAGGACAUAGAGUCAUUAGAAGAAUUGCUUAAUUUUGAUCCAUUUAAAGUGAAUGUUAAUCGCCAAAUGUUAGUGAACGAGUUUGUUACUGAUGGAUCUUUAGGUUUAGUUCCAUUUUUAGAAAUGAACAACGAACAAUUAAAUGGAGAUCCUAUGUUAUUUGACAAGGCUUACAAUUCUUCAAACAAACACAAGACUGUCGAUCAAGAUGAGUACAUUUCAAAUGCUGAUGGUCAUUUCUGGAAAUGA